AGAAUUUGUUUGAAUUUUGUAUUCUGAUUUCUGCAGAAUCAUUUAGACUUCAGUAGUUACUACUUUUCAAUACUAAUAAUAUUAUACUAUAAUUAUUUUCAUCUUUCGUACUUACCAUUUUCCGUGUUAUAAUACCAAAAUUACGGACCUGUUUUGGGCGCAACUUAAUUCCGUUCAAAAUGAGUGCUGAAUUGGGAACAGAAGCUUUUCCAGUUUCGGCUUUGGUGCCUAAAAAGGAAACUGGAGUGACCAACUUCCUAACAAAAUAUCCAACUUAUGACGGUCGUGAUGUUACAAUAGCCGUAUUUGACUCUGGCGUUGAUCCUGGAGCCCCAGGUCUUAGGGUAACAAGUGAGGGAAAACCAAAAGUUAUUGCCAGAUACGAUUGCAGUGGUGCUGGUGACGUCGAUACAUCGACUGUUGUUAAACCCGAGGGCAAAGAAAUAAAAGGGCUCAGUGGACGAACCCUUGUUAUUCCGAGCGAUUGGAAAAAUCCUAGUGGAGAAUAUCAUAUUGGUAUCAAAAAUGCCUAUGAGCUGUAUACAAAAGGCGUGCAAAAACGGAUCGAGGAAGAAAAAAAGGAAAAAGAUUGGGAUCCGACUCACAAGCCGCUUGUAUCAAAAUCAAUACUUGAACAAACUAAAUUUAACAACGAAAAUGAUGGUUCUAAAGUUCCAUUAUCGAGAAGCCAAAAACUAACCAAAGAUGAUUUGGAUAAUACCGUAGAAGCUUUGCAAAAUUUAGAGAAGAAAUAUAAAUCUAUUACCCCGGUUUACGAUUGUGUUGUUUUUUAUAAUGGAAAGCAAUGGGUUGCUUGUUUAGAUACAUCAGAAAAAGGUGAUUUAGCUCAAUGUAAACUCAUGGGAGAAUUUAGUGAAGACCCUUUGAAUAAUUACGAUUACAUUACUGAGUCUGACUGUAUGAGUUAUUCGUUCAAUAUAUAUAAUGAUGGAAAUUUACUUGAAAUUGUAUCUCUUGGUUCGUCUCAUGGGACCCAUGUUUCUGCAAUUGCGGCUGGAUGUUAUCCCGAUGAGCCAGAAAAGAAUGGAAUAGCGCCUGGAGCUCAAAUUGUCUCGCUGACAAUAGGCGAUAGUCGUCUAGAAACUAUGGAAACUGGUACGGCGAUAGUUAGAGCUAUGAUUAAAGUAAUGGAACUGCGGAAGAAAUUCAACAUUGAAGUGAUUAAUAUGAGCUAUGGAGAACAUUCAAAUUGGUCUAAUGCAGGGAGAAUUGGUGACUUGAUGAAUGAGGUUGUUGAUAAGCACGGUGUUACAUGGGUCGCAUCGGCUGGAAAUCAUGGUCCAGCGUUGUGCACUAUCGGAGCUCCGCCAGACAUUUCCAAAACAACAAUUAUAGGUGUUGGAGCUUAUGUAUCACCAGAAAUGAUGGCUGCAGAUUAUUCGCUGUUGAAUAAACUACCUGGGUCUACCUAUACGUGGUCGUCCAGGGGUCCCACUAUCGAUGGUGGCCGAGGUGUGAGCGUUUGUGCACCUGGAGGCGCAAUUGCUUCUGUUCCAGGUUAUUUGUUAAGAGGUACUCAACUAAUGAGUGGAACUAGUAUGGCUUGUCCUCAUGUAACUGGCUCAGUGGCUCUUCUAAUUUCUGGACUUAAGAGUAAAGAAAUCGAAACAUGUCCGUAUUUUAUAAAAAGAGCAUUAGAAAAUACUGCACAAUAUCAAGACAAAGUAGAUUAUUUCUCUCAAGGGCAUGGACUAUUAAAAGUUGAAAAGUCGUUCGAGUAUUUAUGUGGAAAUUAUGAAGAACAAGAAUCAUAUGUUAAAUUUAUAGUAUCUUGCGGAGCCGAGGGCAAAAAAGGAAUUCACAUGAGGAACGCAAUAGAAAACAUAACAACCGAGCAUUCUGUAAAUGUGGAACCCAUAUUUUUAAAUGAAACCGAAGUUGACGCUCAGAAAAAAAUCAACUUCCAAAUAAGUUUAUGUUUGGUGUGCGACGCUCCUUGGGUACAAGUCCCCACGCACUUGGAACUAAUGUACAUGUCACGAAACUUCAGCGUUAAAGUCACUCCCAGCGGAUUGCCCGACGGAGUUCACACAUCCACAGUAAGGGCUUACGACACUAAUAAUACACGUAAAGGUCCGGUGUUUACUUUUGAAGUGACCGUGGUUCGUCCCACAGUGCCAGAUCGUUCAGGAGAAAUGCUUUUUGAAAAUGUUCCAUUCGAAGUGGGCACCAUAAAGAGGCAUUUUAUCUUAGUGCCCAGAGACGUCACUUGGGCCUCUGUGCACGUGAAAAACUCAAAUGUCGACACCAGCGCCAAUUUCUGGAUGCAUGCCGUUCAACUGUUGCCUCAAAAAUCGUGCAAGGCAAGGGAGUGCUAUAAAAUGUUCAACAUGAAAUCCAACGACUUCCAGGCCCAAUUUAUCGUUGAGGAAGAUGUUGUGCUGGAGUUUGUAUUGGCAAAGUAUUGGUCGAGUUCUUCAAAUAUGAAUCUCACGUACAAAUUGAAUUUCCGAGGUGUUGUUCCUUUAGCCAGAAGUUUGACGUUGUACCACGGAAUGGGACUUCAAUCAUUAAUGUUGAGGCCAGGCUUAAGAAAUGAAGAAAUCCAACCGUCAAUUUCAUUGAAACACCUCUCUACUGUUCUUAAGCCGACCGAGGGAAAAAUAACCGUUCUGUCUUUACGUGAUAUCAUUCCACCUCAAAGACCAAUCUAUCAGCUGAAUUUGUCUUAUACAUUCUCAUUGAUAAAAGCUACUGACGUUUAUGUGACCUGUGGAUUGUUCGGUGAUCUCUUGUACGAAUGCGAGUACGAAUCUCAAUUAUGGAUGAUUUUCGAUGCUAACAAACAGUAUAUCACUUCUGGUGAUGCCUAUUCUAGUCGACAUGUGUAUAAACUAGAUAAAGGAGAAUAUAACAUAAAAAUGCAUGUACGACAUGAACGUAAAGAACUUUUGGAUAAAAUUUCCGAGCUACAAAUCCUAUUAGUACAAAAACUGCAGAAUUCGUUAACAUUAGAUGUAUACAGUAAUCAUUAUCAAGCAUCUAUUUUUGGGAAGAAGUGCUCAACAUUUGUGAUGACUCCCAGUAAUGAUUUGGUACCGCUGUACUUUGGAUGUAUUCCCAACGAAAAAUUAGUUUCAUUAAAGUUGACUGCCGGACAAUGUCUAAAUGGUAAUAUUGUUUUCGUCAAAGAUGAAAAUGGAAAAAAAGUAGAUUACUAUACUGUUAAAUACGUAAUUACGGAUACGAUAAAAUCAAAACCGGGACCAAAACCAAUCGAUGAAAACAAGUCAAAAUUAGAAGAGUUUAAAGAAGCCGUUUGUGAUGUAAAAGCAAAUUGGUUAACCAAAUUCGAAUAUGGUCCUGAGUCAAUUAGUUUAUACGAUAGUCUAGCUAAGAAAUUUGGAGAUAAAAACUCAUCUGUACACACUUCGUGGAUUCAAUGUAUCGAGCCCGAUGACAAACGAAAGUUUCCGAACUGUUCUGCCAAAGAUUUAGAUUGUGAUAAGUUAAACCUUAUAGUCUCGGCAGCAGACCGGGUUUUAUCCAUUGUUAACCAGAACGAACUUCUGGCAUACUAUGGAAUAAAAUCUGACCAAAGAACUGAAGCCUUUAAAUUUAAAACGGCCAAUGAUAAACUGAAAAACAAUUUGGUCGAGGCGCUCUGUCGCAAAGGAACAGCACUAUGUCAAUUAUAUUAUGCCGAUAACAAGCAGUUGGUGGAAAGUAAACAAACGUUAGAAGAUAUCAGCUUAGAAGCCAUUGACGACAUUUGGCUUCAAGUCACUCGGUUCAUUUCACCGGAUUCCGAUUUAAAGAGUUUCAAUUACUUUAAUUUGUGGCACGGAGCUGUUUACAAACACUAUGGGCGCGUUAUGAAAAUACUUUUGAAGAUGUUGGACGAUAAGAACAUUAAAGAAAUCGAACAGUGUUUGCUGUGGGCUGUAAAAGAGCAGUUUGGUGAAAAUCGGUCUAAACACUUAGUCGAUGCAAUUUCAAGUGCUCUCAUCGUGCAUUACCCAAAAGCGUAUCGUCCAUUUUGACUCUAGCAAAUUUUAACAAUGGUUUAACUUGUUUUUUUUAUUUUUGUAAGCCUCGACUUACUUAUUAUUAUAUUUCGUAUUAAUAUGACUGUGUUAAAGAAAAAAAAACCACAAUAAUUGUAAAACAUUUUUGUGUUAUUAAUAUUUUUUUGGAAUUAUUCAAUUUUUAAAUACACAUUUUUUCCCCCAAUACUGCAGUUAUUACUAACAUUUUUAGUUUUAUUA